UUUGGCUCAAACAAAGUCAGAAACAUUCAUUCGUCGAUAAGUAUUUUAAAUUGUAUCCACACGAUACAAUGUACGAGUAUUCAAGACAUAGCUCUGGUUUCCAUCAGUUUUAAUUAAUGCUAAUGUGACUUUUUUUACACUCCGUAACUGACGUCGGGCAGCUAAAAGUAACGUUUAAGAUUAAAAAGCUCCGUUUAGGUGCAUUACCAGCCAAGCUAUCUGGACUCUUUGCUAGAUUUAUCUUUGCUGUCGCUCUAAGCUCCGCGAUGGGUGGCUGCUCUGCUCCGAACUGCUCCAAUUCCACCAGCAUCGGUAAGCAGCUGUUCAGGUUCCCCAAAGACCCUGUCCGCAAGAAGAAAUGGGUGGUGAACUGUCGACGUGACUUUGAGCCGACUCCUCACUCCAGACUCUGCCAGGACCACUUUGAGCAGAGCCAGUUCGAGGAGAUAGCGAGGUCUCCCGCCGGGGGUAAGAAGCUGAAGCCGAAUGCCAUUCCCACUGUGUUCACCGCUGGAGACCCUCCUUACCCCGCGGUCACUAUUCCCUACAUCCUGCUGCCCAUGAAACCCGAACCAGUGGAGAAGGAGCUGACCUUCGGGGACCAUGGCUAUGCCAGACGCACCCCUCUGCCUGGCCUGGAGGAGGAGGAGGAGGCCGACGGGACUGCAGAGGACCAGCAGCCCUGCACACAGUGUCACCUGCUCAAGAAGCAGCUGGAGCAGGAGAUGCAGCACACUGCCCGGCUCCAGAAGGAGGCAGAGGAGAUGAAGAAGCGCCUGUAUCGACUCAACCGGAUCGAGAAGGGUCUCCAGAACUUUCUGUUUGAGGACCAGAUUCGCGCGCUGUCCCUCACCAAACGCUCGCGGCGCGCCGUCUGGUCUCCAGAGACCAUCCUGAAGGCCCGAAAGAUCCGCUGUGCAGUUGGCACGAAGGGCUACGAGUACUUAAGGGAGCUGGGGUACCCUCUGCCCUCCUAUAGAACACUGUGUAACCGCCUGGAGACUAAGAUCAUGGUAACCACUGACAUGAGCUGUGAGGAGCUGGCGGAGCUGAGCCUUGGCCUCAUGGCCACCUGUACCAGUCCCACUGACGCCGUCGGGGACAACGAUGAGGAGGAACUGAUAGGCGUGUUGUCCUGAUUGCGGCAGUUUUGCACAACUCUCUGACUCCAACCAGGAAUGUGCAGCGUUUGGGCGUAUUAUGCUUCUAAUCUCCCGAUCUGCACCACUAAGAUCUAAAUUCGCUCAAUUCACGCAAGAUGCUGGGGCUCUCAGUCAGUCGGGCUUUGUGAUCGAGGUGUUUCUGACCAUGAUGGCGAUGCUAAGCUACUGUGUGCGAGGAGAAGGCGACCAUGAGCUGUGUGGAACGGAUAGACAUGUUUUGCACAAAGCGCUUUGACUUUGAUUCAUGUGUUCACAGGUAUUUUAACAUGUUUAAACUGAAGGUGUUUACAUGCACAAUAAAACCCUGGUAGUAUGUAGUAUACUAUAUAUAUAUAUAUAUAUAUAUAUACGCACAUACAUAAUAUACAUACAUGUGUCCUGGGUUAGGUAGGUUCAGUAUUCCCAUAUUAUGAGGACGAUGGCAUGUAUCAGUUUCCUGUUCAUAAUUAUUUAUCAUUUCAUGGUGUGUGUAAAGCAAGAGCACACAACCGGGAGAAAAGUUGGUGUCUAGAAAGAUGUUUUCUUUUAAACAUAAGCCGGUGGUUUUAAACUAUGCUGUUUUACUGAACUUCUUCUAUGAGCAAUUCAAAUGCUGACAGGAAUAUUAGUAAUAAUAUCCUCAAUUCAUGAAGCCUAUUAAAUUCAUGUUUGCAAAACUGAAACUGUAUCCUGUUUGUCGGUGAGGAAUCCAAUCACUUAUUGGGGAGUACACUUCAUUAUAGAGUCAACAUGACAAAGUGAUCCCUUUGUAGGUAUUCACCUACUGGUAGUGUGAUUCUACCUGAGAGGAAUCUCUGGCUUGCAGUGCAGUUGUAAUCACCACAAAGCAGCUCACAUGACAAUUAAUAUCCAGAGUAGCCAUGAGAAGAAAAUAAAGUGGUUGUGCAGAA